UGACGCAUCUACACAACGGACUUCAUGGACUUUGAAUCUCGUUCUGAGCUCGUUGAGGCUAAAAAGCACCGGAGUGCUCGGAAAAUUCAACUUCGCCGAGCGAAAGUGAUUCAGAUCUGCCUCCCCUCUUGCCUCCCAAAGCUCUCGGCCUCUCGUCUUGGCACAGAGAUCGUGACAUCGGCCGUCGCUGCUUCCUUUUCGUCGUCGACGUCGAGGGAAAGGAUAGGGAGGGGAAGAUUUCAAGGCAGAGGGAGAGGGAGAGGAAGAGGAAGAGGAAGAGGAAAAGGAAAAGGAAAAGGAACAAAAAGAAGAGAAAUUGAGGGAAGCUAGAUUCGAGUACCUCCUCAAUCAACAUCUGAUUCAGUUACAUUCCUUCUGGAAUUCCUAUACACGUCUUCAGAGAGUAGACUUAGUGACGCUGGUUUGGAUUCCGAGGAAGUGAGAUCGUGAUUCAAGCUCAGCAAAAGAAGGAGGAGGAGGAAGGGCGAUAUGAGGUGUUUUCUGCCCUGCUUUGUGGCGGCGCACAGACUGGUGACCUGCAGCAGAGAGGAGAAGUUGUGCAGUUGCAGCCACGUUGUUUCGACCACAAAUUUGCCACAGCCCAAGCAGGUGCCGCCCAUGUGCUCGGCUGCAACGAGCAAUUUGAGCGACAGUAAUAAAUUCCCUCCGAGUAUCGCUCAGCCUGCCAGGCGCCAUGGCCAGCAGCAGACUUCAGGUGCUAAGAGUCCGUCCAAUUUCAGCGAGGAGCCCUCGAAGAAAAGAAUGCAGUGGCUAGCAAAGUUGCGACUGGACGACACUCUCAAAGGCUCAUCGCCAGCUCGUGUAGUCGGGCUGAACUCGAGGCAGAAGACGGAGAAGGCCCUCGAGAGCUCACGCACGCCGACUCCCACAGAGAGUUUCAGUGAUGUAACGCCGAAAUCUGGAAGCGGAGGAAGCAAUUUGCUUGCGGUGGAGAGAAUCAAUAAUUUCAUCAAUCGGACGUUCACAGACUCGGGAGCUUCUGGCUCGACAUCGGUGGAAAAAAAUCAGCAGGAUCAGAAGCUGAAAAAUGCAGGGAUGUUGAUUCCGGUAGUUUGCAUCAUCGACAAGGCCACUGGGACCCCGGUGGUGGAUCAUGAGCAGCUGUUUGCGAUCAUGAAGAAGAAGCCCGGCUGGAUGAUCAUGCCACACACCUUUUCUGGCGAGGGGUGGAUCACCUUCCAGCACUGGACCAAAAACCGCUGUGAUGCGAAAGCCCGACUUCCAUAUCCUAACCUGCAAGUCGCCUCGCCGGAGAUUCUCGACUCCUUUGUUCAAAUCGUUAACCAGCAACACGCAGACAGAGUCUUUGACCUGCUGUCCUUCCGUGAAAAAAAUGGAGGUAGGUUACAUGCAACUACAAGCUUCGAAUUCGAUGUGAAGGAUAAGUUCUGUGUGAGCCCUUUAGCAGUCUUAACACAACCAUCAACUCCAGGUAGACGCAAGACUCCAAAGAGGGCGAAGCGCUCAAUUUGCUCCGAACAGUCGUCUGUCAGGAGUAAGCAUUUCCGCUGAUGGGAAUUCCAGUUGCAAAAGAUCUCCCUGUCGAAAGAGUGCAACUGAGUUUCAGCAAAGUCAAAAGUUGCACGGGAAUCCUUCUCCAGAUGACACCACAAGUCCAGCCUUCCGACAUACAUCCUUCUACAUUUAGAAAACUUUUCUUUCCAUGGAUCCUAUCUGCUAACAGGUUGGAUAGGAAUCUCCAUGAUAGUCGGACAAUUCAUCGAACCGGUCCACAGAACUUGUAUGAAGCUAUCUCAUUUUUGAGUACUUACACGCCUUCGGACUGUUCCAGCAAAUGUGGAGUGCCUCCAUAUACAUUUCAAGGAUUCGGAGUGAUCCGAAAGAAAUUUAUGGACCUGUAAUUUAGGGAGGUUUGGAGAAGUGUAUCUUAGUCCAGACCUGUAGAUACUUCAGACUUCAAGCAUAAAAUUCGAAGUCCUCCUGGUCUCUUAAAAACAUCGACGUAUAAUUAUGUCGAUGAGUUUCUGUCGCUCCAAAAUUCUUCCUAGAUGCUGAAUGAACAGCGUCACAAAACAACUUCGUGGAGUCUUUCAGGAGUACAUUGAGCUCAUCUGUAUUUCCUCAAAUUUAUCCUUGAAGGACUGCAAAAGCAGUGACGAGGUCUUCAAUUGGUCUUAGAAUAGAGAAACCUUGGAGAAGGCCUGGUCCAUAUGAUCAAAACGGCAUGUCCCAAGAUUCAGAAUUCUCGUUGUAUAAUUUCUCGGAGGACAUUGAAUUCGCCUUUGAAUAUCGGGACUUGAUGUUGAGUUCUCAAUGGCUCAAAACGAACAGACUGGGCUCGUGUUUACUCGAAAAGACUGACCGGCAGAUAAUCGAUGUUUUUUUGUCCAAAUCCCCUCUGUGAAUUGGAUUAU